UAGGUCACAGUGGGAUUCAGGCCUCCCUGCCCUGGGAUCCCCAGGGGCUCAGAUCAGGAGUGGCAGUAGUUGGCUUUGUGGGGUGUGUUGGGUCCCUGCCCUCCUCAACACGCAAAGCCACAUAUACCUACUGCACAGCCAGCCCUCGCAGUCUGGGCCUUAUGCCUAAGCUGGAUGCUUUUUUAUUUAUUUUUAUUUUUUUUAGGAUAAGAUACCCUCCUAAACCACCUUCACCCUUAGUUUGGUUUUUGUUGUGUGAAGAAAACAAAGACUCGAGGUUUCUACUGUUUUAUCUUUCCCUUUUCUGGCCUCCAGACACUGCCCUUUCAUCCUACUCCCCUCCUUCAUCCCCCUGUUUUUUUUUUUUACACUCCCCACCCCAGCCCCUCUACUCCUGGAGGUGUCCACUGGGGAACUAAGUGGUGAGGGGGCUGAGGGGACACUGGUGAUCUGUGGGGACAGGCCUCUCCUAGAGCAGUGGGAGCCUCUGCCUGGCAAGAGGAUGGUGGCCCAGAGAUGGGUGAUGUGGGGUGGCCUGGAACUGGUCCAAUGGUGGAGGUAACCCGAGGCCUUUUUUGGUUUUAACCUCUAUUUGUGUAUGUGGGAAGGAGGAUUUUUCCUGAAUUAUUUCGUUUCUUUCGAGGCCUGUCCAUUUCUAAAUAUAUCAUGCAUGAUAAUGUUGCGAGCAAAAUGAAGUUAUACUUGAUACAUUUUUAUGACGUUAAAAUAACAAAGGACUUUAGAUUGUGGCAGAGUGUUAAAAAAUAAGCAUUACACAGUUUUUCCUUUUAUUCUGGUUUUCAGAAGCCCCCUUCCCAUUAUUGUGCACACAUGCUUGUUCUCUCUCCCUCCCCCAUCCCACCCAGAAAGGAGCAUUCUCCCUUUCUGCUGUUACCCUUUCUCUUUCUAGGGUAUCAGGCAGAGAAGAAUGAGGACUGGGCUGGCCCUGCAGCUGGAGGGCUGGCAGGGACGGGGUUGAAGAGGAGGAGGCCCCUGAGGGCAGGGCAGAGGGGCAGCACCUCACAUCUUCAGGAGACCCUCCUGCUCAGACCCCCUGGGUGACGGGCCUGGGACUCAGAGUCCACUUGCAAGUGAAACGCUGAAGUAGCAGUGGGCUCCAAAACGUGAAAAACCUCCAUUUAUUGAGUCCAUGCAAGACACUCUACAUAUCUCACUUCAUGCUCCAACAACCCUUUGGACUAAGUAUUCUUAUCCCCAUUUUACAGGCAAGGUGACCAUUCUGGCUGCUUGCAUGAGUGUGCCAGCCUGGGUGAGAAGGCAGAGACAGGCAGAGAACUCGGCACUCGCCCAGGCCAAUGAAAACCAGCGGGAGACCUACGAGCGCUGUCUGGACGAGGUUGCCAACCAUGUGGUGCAGGCGCUGCUGAACCAAAAGGACCUGCGGGAGGAGUGCAUCAAGCUGAAGAAGAGGGUAUUUGACCUGGAACGGCAGAACCAGAUGCUGAGCGCCCUGUUUCAGCAGAAACUUCAGCUCACAGCAGGCUCCCUCCCUCAGAUCCCACUCGUCCCACUCCAGCUGCCUUCAGAGCCACCAGCCUCUCCCUCCCUGAGCUCCGCUGAGGGACCGGCCACCUCGCUGCCUCUGGGGCGCUGUGCUGGGCAGAGAGAGGUGUGUUGGGAGCAGCAGCUGCGGCCAGGAGGCCCAGGACCCCCGGCCGCCCCAUCCCCAGCGCUGGAGGCCCUAUCCCCGUUCCUUCGAAAGAAAGCCCAGAUCCUGGAGGUGCUGAGAGCCCUGGAAGAGACUGACCCCUUGCUUCUGUGCUCACCUGCCACCCCCUGGCCGCCUCCAGGCGAGGGUUCCGGCUCCCCAGAGCCCAUCAAUGGCGAGCUAUGUGGCCCACCUCAGCCUGAACCCUCUCCCUGGGCCCCCUACCUGCUACUAGGUCCUGGUAGCCUGGGAGGCCUGCUGCACUGGGAGCGCCUCUUAGGGGGCCCAGGGGAGGAAGAGAGUGCUGGGCGGCCCUGGGGCCCUGGUAGGGGCUCCCCACAGGCCCAGGGCACCGGUUCCGGGCCACCCUGCGCCCCAGGCAGCAGCUCCUCCUCCUCUUCUGAUGAGGCAGGUGACCCCAACGAGGCACCCAGCCCUGACACCCUGCUCGGGGCCCUGGCCCGCAAACAGCUGAACCUGGGCCAGCUCCUCGAGGACACGGAGUCUUACCUACAGGCCUUCUUGGCCGGGGCCGCUUGCCCACUCGGCGGGGAACAGCCGGGUCCCAGGCAGCCAUCCUCCCCAGACCAGGGGCCCCCACAGCUGUCCAAGUCCAAAGGCCUCCCCAAGUCAGCUUGGGGAGGGGGUACCCCGGAGGCCCACAGGCCGGGCUUUGGUGCUACCUCAGAGGGCCAGGGGCCUCUCCCCUUCCUCAGCGUGUUCAUGGGUGCAGGGGACGCCCCCCUGGGCUCACGGUCUGGCCACCCCCACUCCUCAUCUCAGGUGAAAAGCAAGCUCCAAAUUGGCUCCCCUUCUCCCGGGGAAGCCCAAGGACCCCUUCUGCCCUCUCCAGCCAGAGGCCUCAAGUUUCUAAAGCUGCCUCCAGCCUCAGAGAAGGUACCCAGCCCAGGGGGCCCCCAGCUCAGCCCCCAGCUCCCCCGGAACUCCCGAAUCCCCUGUCGGAACAGUGGCUCAGACGGCAGCCCCUCCCCGCUGCCGGCCCGCAGGGGUCUGGGCGGAGGAGAGCUGUCCCCAGAGGGGGUGCAGGGUCUGCCCACCAGCCCGUCACCCUGCCCCACAACCCCAGAUUCUGCACAGCUCAGACCUCCCCAGCCAGCCUUGUCCACUACGCUUUCCCCGGUACCAGUGGUGUCUCCUUGCUACGAGAACAUUCUGGACCUUUCCCGGAGCACCUUUAGGGGGCCUUCCCCAGAGCCACCUCCAUCCCCGCUGCAGGUGCCCACCUACCCACAACUAACUCUGGAGGUGCCACGGGCCCCUGAGGUCCUCAGAAGCCCUGGAGUCCCCUCCAGCCCUUGCCACCCAGAAUCCUGCUCCUAUGAGAGUGCCCAGGAGAAGAGUUUGGACAAGGCAGGCUCAGAGUCUCCCCACCCUGGCCGCAGGACCCCCGGCAGCUCGUCCAAGAAAACUGGUCAGGGGCCGGGCCGGCGACCUGGGGAUCCUGGCUACACACCUCUGCGGGACAGACUAGCAGCCCUGGGGAAACUGAAGACUGGCCCCGAGGGGCCCCAGGGCCCAGAAAAGAAUGGGGUGCCAGCUAGGCCUGGCACCGAGAAGGCCCGGGGAGGAGGGAAGUCAGGGGAGAGCACUGGAGACACAGCGCCCUCUGCCUCCAGGCCCCCUGAGCAGCCAGAAGCCAAGGGGGCCCUGCGGGGGGCCGUGGCCUUAGGCACAAGCAGCCUGAAGCAACAGGAAUCUGGGCUCCUGGGGGACCCUGGGUCCCGAGUCUACUCUUCCCACUCCAUGGGGGCCCGGGUGGACCUGGAGCCUGUCUCACCAAGGAGCUGCCUCACCAAAGUGGAGCUGGCCAAGAGCCGGCUGGCAGGGGCCCUGUGCCCCCAGGUACCCCGCACCCCUGCCAAAGUGCCAACCUCAACCCCCAGCCUCGGCAAGCCCAAUAAGAGUCCCCAUGGCAGCCCGACAAAGCUGCCUUCUAAGUCGCCCACCAAGGUGGUGCCCCGACCUGUGGCCCCACCAGCCACCAAGGAGCCCCCCAAGCCUGACAAGGGGAAGGGCCCACCCUGGGCAGACAGCAGCAGCACUACAGCCCAGCCCGCACCCCCAGCACCUGGCCCUGCCGACCCAGGCCCAGGCCCUGAGGGGCGGGCCCCACACUCGGCCAUUGAGGAGAAGGUGAUGAAGGGCAUCGAGGAGAACAUGCUGCGGCUCCAGGGCCAGGAGCGGGCCCCCGGCACCGAGGCCAAGCACCGCAACGCUAGCAGCAUCGCCAGCUGGUUCGGCCUUAAGAAGAGCAAGCUGCCAGCGCUGAACCGCCGCACAGAGGCCGCCAAGGGCAAGGAAGGGGCUGGUGGGGGCUCCCCGCUCCGGAAGGAGGUCAAGAUGGAAGCCCGGAAGCUGGAGGCCGAGAGCCUCAACAUCUCCAAGCUGAUGGCCAAGGCGGAAGACCUGCGCCGGGCACUGGAGGAGGAGAAGGCCUACCUGAGCAGCAGGGCCCGGCCACGGCCCGGGGGACUAGCGCCAGGGCCCGGUGCAGGCCUGGGGCAGGUGCAGGGCCAGCUGGCCGGCAUGUACCAGGGUGCGGACACCUUCAUGCAGCAGCUGCUCAACAGGGUGGAUGGCAAGGAGCUGCCCCCCAAGAGCUGGCGGGAGCCCAAACCUGAGUAUGGCGAUUUCCAGCCAGUGUCCUCUGACCCCAAGAACCCCUGGCCGGCCUGUGGGCCCCGAAAUGGCCUGGUGGGCCCUCUUCAGGGCUGCGGAAAACCUCCUGGGAAGCCAAGCAGCGAGCCGGGGAGGCGGGAAGAGAUGCCCUCAGAGGACAGUCUGGCUGAGCCAGUGCCCACCUCACAUUUCACAGCCUGUGGCUCUUUGACUCGAACUCUGGACAGUGGCAUUGGGACCUUCCCGCCCCCAGACCAUGGCAGCAGUGGGACCCCCAGUAAGAAUCUUCCCAAGACCAAGCCACCACGGCUGGAGCCCCCAGCCGGGGUGCCCCCAGCUCGGCCCCCACCCCUUACCAAAGUCCCCCGCCGUGCCCACACACUGGAGCGUGAGGUGCCUGGCAUAGAGGAGCUGCUGGUGAGCGGGCGGCACCCCAGCAUGCCGGCCUUCCCCGCCCUGCUCACCGCUGCUCCGGGCCACCGGGGCCAUCAGACCUGUCCCCACGGUGAGUGCCUGGGCAGGGGGGUGGGCCUCUCUGGGAGCUCCACCCACCACCCACCUUCCCCUUGUCCCCGGAUAGAUCCUUGUGAAGACCCAGGCCCUCCUGCUCCUGUCCAGCUGGCCAAGAACUGGACCUUCCCCAACGCGAGGGCAGCCAGCGGCUCCUCUGACCCUUUCCUAUGCCCACCCCGACAACUGGAGGGGCUGCCCAGGACCCCCAUGGCCCUGCCCGUGGACGUGGACGAAAAGCGGAGCCUGGAGCCCAGCCGCCCAGCUCCUGCGCCCCAGGGCCCAGCGUUUGGGGGGAGCCGCACCCCCAGCACAUCGGACGUGGGCGAGGAAGGGAGAGUGGCCAGUGGGGGUGCCCCGGGGCUGGAGACCUCAGAGUCUCUCAGUGACUCACUCUAUGACUCGCUGUCCUCCUGCGGGAGUCAGGGCUGAGCGGUUGCAGCGGCCACGCCCCGCUCUGGCGUCGGAGGCCGCGGACUGGGCCGGCUCGCCUCACUCCCCGCCCUCCCGGGGCCCGUGGGGCCCCUCCCUGAAGGGACCAAGGAGGUAGAUGGACAAGAAGGUGAAGGGGGUCCCCGGCACACCCCACUGCCCGCCGCUGCUGUGGAGGAGAUGACCGCUCUCAGCUCAGGGAGAGACCCCACCCUUGGUCCCUUCUCUCACCCAGAGUAAGGCUCUUCCUCUGCGGGACUGGGGGUUCGAGGCCGCUGUGUCCCGGCCCCCAGCUCCCACUUCAGGCUGAGCCAUCUUGUGGUGCUGGGCUUCCUGCCCACCAGCCGUGCCAUCUCCAUCCACCCUGGCAGCUCCCCUGCCUCAGAAGCCCCGUGCUGGUGGAGUUCAGGGGCGAGGGGUCAAGUUGCCUUCUCUCUGUCUGCCCUGGCCCUCCCCGCUGUCUGGAUGGUGCUGCCCUCUCCUGCCCCAUGUCUUUGGGGCCCAUUUGUUGUCUUUUUUGUUGUUUUUUUUUUUUAUAUUAAAACACCUGGCCCAGUCUCCACCCGCCCGCGCCCCCUCCUCCCAUCCCCGCACUGCGGUUAAUUUAUCUGUUGUUAAAAAACGCGGCUGCUCUGCUUCCAGCCUCUGCUUCUGCCGUAUCCCUAAUAAAACGUGGAGGCCCCUCCCUG